UCAACAGCCCUAGUGUGGGAUAAACCGUAAACAUAACAAAAUACACCUAACAGUAAAAUAUAAAAUAUAGAAUAAUCCUAAUGUUGAAAACUCGUUACUCUAUUUAAUUUUUAGUUUAAUUUUACACUCUAAUAUGAGUUCAAAGAAGGGUAAGCGUAACUUAGGCGGUAAGCAUUUUCCAAUAGCUGAAUCUGUGAGUAUAGCAUUGAAGAUCCAGCUCGAUAAGUUUCUGAGUGAUGAACACGAGACGGAGUUGAAGUUCCCAACGUUCCUGUCUGCCCAGGAGCGAGGGUUCAUCCAUGAGACUGUGGCAAAGUUGGGGCUGAAGUCGAAAUCGCGCGGUAAAGGUGUCAAUCGCUACCUAACAAUAUACAAAAGGUUGGGAUCGACAAUAAUCCAGAACGAUGCCAAGCUCAUACUGGACAGUAACAUGCGCUUUACUAUUGGAGAACUGUUCAACGCUUUCCCCAUUACCAGCAAAGAGAAAGAUGACCUGAGCACCUGUACGGAGAAGGAGAGAAGUCCGCAGCUGGCUCAUAAGACGCUGGGGCCGCUGAACAAUGGUCUGCCACAGAUUCCAAACACAUCAUACAACCCAGAUUUGCUGAAGUUCAGGGAAAAGUUGCCAGUGUAUGAACAGAGGCAGGAUCUCAUCAAUGCUAUCUUACAUAACCAGGUUAUAAUAGUGGCCGGAGCAACUGGGUGCGGCAAGACCACUCAGCUGCCGCAGCUGAUCCUGGACCACUUCCAGGAGCACAAGCAGCCCGCCAGGAUCUACUGCACGCAGCCCCGGAGGAUCUCCGCCGUGUCCGUCGCUGAGAGGGUAGCGUACGAGCGCAUGGAGAAGAUAGGCCAGUCCAUCGGGUAUCAGAUCCGACUGGAGUCGCGCGUCAGCAUGCGCACCGUGCUCACCUACUGCACCAACGGGGUGCUGCUGCGCACGCUCAUGGCCGGGGACACCGCGCUCACCGGCGUGACGCACGUGCUGGUGGACGAGGUGCACGAGCGGGACAAGUUCAGUGACUUCCUGCUGAUCGCGCUGCGCGACGCGCUGGCGCGGCUCAAGGACCUCAAGCUGGUACUCAUGUCCGCCACCAUGGACACGCAGAUCUUCUCCAGGUACUUCAACAACUGCCCCGUGAUCACCAUACCCGGGCGCCUGCACGAGGUGCAGCGCCACUACCUGGAGGACAUCCUCAAGAUGACGCAGUACAACACCAAGCGGAUGAUGCAGAUAGAGCGCGAGCUGAAGGCCAAGCUGAAGACUGGCCACAGCUUCUGGUCACACUUGGAGGGCCAGAAGCAAGUUCAAGAAGAGAGCAGUAAAGAAGAGAAAGACACGCAAAUAGAUCCCGCUCUGCAAGCCGAUAUGGACGAGUUCCUGGAUGAGUGCUUCAAUGAGGAUAGUUUGGACUCGUUCAGCCAGAUCCUGUACAUGUUCCUGUCCGAGGGCGUGCCCACCGAGUGCGCGCACUCGCGCUGCGGCCGCACCGCGCUCAUGGCGGCGGCGGCGCGCGGGCUCGCCGACACGCUGCAGCAGAUGCUGCGCAUCGGCGCGGAUCCAUCAACGAAAGAUAAGAACGGCAAAACGGCGUACGACCACGCCAUAGACAACGGGCACGCCGAGUGCGCCAAAAUGUUGGCCUCCUUCAACCUAAUCGAAGAACCCAAGAACAACCAGGACGAUGAGAACCAAGCGGACAACUUCCUUCUAGAUGUCUACAACCAUGCGGUCUCGGAGGAACUCAUCGAUCACGAUCUAAUGCUCACUCUAGUGAAGCACAUACAUUUAAACUUGCCCAAAGGAAGUAUAUUGAUCUUCCUUCCCGGGUACGACGAUAUCGUCACCCUGAGAGACCUGAUCCAAGGUUGCACUGAAAUGACGGCGAUGAAACACCAAAUAUUCACACUCCACAGUAACAUGCAAACUUUGGACCAAAAGAAAGUGUUCAAUCCUCUGCCGAAUGCCAGGAAAAUCAUCAUAUCCACCAACAUAGCGGAGACUUCCAUAACUAUAGAUGACGUGGUUUACGUGAUAGACUCUUGCAAGGUCAAGGAGAAGUACUACGAGUCGAACGGUGGGGUUUGCUCGUUACAGUGCGUUUGGACCUCGAGGGCGUGUUGCCAGCAGAGGGCGGGCCGCGCGGGGAGGACCAAACCCGGACACUGCUUCCACAUGUGCUCCAAACGGAGGUUCAAAACCUUGCCGCUAAAUUCUGUCCCAGAAAUCUUGAGGGUCCCCCUGCAGGAGUUGUGCCUUCACACCAAGUUACUGUCGCCAGGCAACACGCCGAUAGCCGAUUUCCUCAGCAAAGCUUUGGAGCCUCCGUCUUUUCUGGCCGUCCGCAACGCGGUGGCGCUGUUGAAAACUAUCGGAGCUCUGACUCCCAUGGAGGAUUUGACUGAAAUUGGCCAGCAUUUGUUAGAUUUGACGGUCGAACCCAAGUUGGGUAAGAUGCUGCUCUACGCUUGUGUCAUGAAAUGUCUGGAUCCAAUAUUGACGAUCGUCUGUUGUUUGGCGAACAAAGAACCUUUUCAAAUAUCGAUGAACCCGGAGAACAGGAAGAAAGGUGGCCUGGCGCGGAAGGAAUUCGCAGCCGACAGCUACUCGGACCACAUGGCUCUGUUGAGAGCGUUCCAGGCGUGGCAGCUCGCUCGACAGAACGGAACGGAGAAGCCGUUUUGCUCCAAAAAUUUAAUAUGCGGAGCUACCAUGGAAAUGAUAGUCGGCUACCGCUCGCAACUGCUAGCCCAGCUGCGAGCGCUGAGUCUCGUCAAAGCGAGAGGUUCCGGCGACAUCAAGGACGUGAACUUGAACUCGGAGAAGUGGCAUGUUGUCAAGGCUGUUUUGGUCAGCGGCCUGUAUCCCUCGAUAGCGCGCGUCGAUCGCGAUUCCGGCACCUUGAGAACCUCCAAAGAAGUCAAAGUGGCAUUCCACCCGAGCUCGACGCUGCACCGCGGCGGCGGCGCCAACGGAUCCGCGAAGUCCGUCCAAAACUUACCCACAGAUUGGGUCGUCUUCGAGGAGAUAUCUCGGGUCGGGCGAUUCUGUUUCAUCCGAUGCACCACGCUGGUCACUCCGCUGACCGUCGCGCUGUUUAGCGGUCCAAUCAGACUGCCCGCCGGGGCUCUGACCCAGAGGGCCAACCCUCCAGGGCUGUCGAGCGACUCGGACAGCGAGGCUGACGAGAACAAUUCUUCCCCAGACACCGCAGUGUUAACAUUGGACGAUUGGAUGGCUUUCACAGCGGACGCGUCCGAUGCCAUCAGCGUAUACUAUCUGCGGCAGAAGCUCUGCGCUCUCGUCAUUCGGAGGAUGUCGAACCCCGGCAAACCGAUGACUCCCCUCGACGAACAGAUCCUCAGCACCGUUGUGCACGUACUGGGAGCCGAGGAGAAGAACGUGGGACUGAACCAGCCGAGCGGCAUCGGGCAGCGACCGAAACCGCUGACCGUCGACUCACCGAACUGGCGAAUGAGGCUAGACGAGGAACAAUACAGACACGAGAAUAAGUUCUACCCUCAGUACGGUCAGACCGAAUUCGGGAACAACUACUAUCACAAUUACUAUCAGAAUCAGAACCAGAACAGGAACAACAAUCAGAGGCCCGGCUGGAGGAACGACGGCAUGCCGCAAGGGUUCUCCCCUCAGUCGUACAGCGGGCCCAAGAGCCCCAUGUCCCCGAACGGGAAGACUCUGCUGGCCAACAUCGAGAAGUACGCAGAGAACAGCGAGGCCAACACGCGGUACUUCGUGGUGAAGACGGACGACGCGCACAGCGUGGAGGCGGCGCAGGCCGGGACCAGCUUCCCCUUCACCGCCAACACUGGCAAGAAGUUGCAGAAAAUAAAGCAGGAGGGUCACCGCGUGGUGCUGUUCUUCUCGUGCGCGCACGCGUCCAAGUUCGCGGGCGCGGCGACGCUCACGGACGCGAGCGGCGCGCUCGACUUCAUCUCCACGCAGAGCGUGCCCUUCCACAUGGUGAGGCACAUCUCCAACACGCUGGGCGCCGGCGGGCGGGUGGCGGGCGCGCGGGACGGGACCGAAGUGUGCGCGGCCGCCGGCCGCGCGCUCCUCGCCGCGCUAGCGCCGCGCCGGCGGCACCCGCACCAGCCGCACCAACCGCACCAGCCGCACCAGCCGCACCAAUCGCACCAACCGCACCAACCGCACCAGUCGCAUCAAGCGCGCCCCAUACAGAAGCACUCCAACGACCAAUAGUGGUACUUCGAUAUAGCUGUGGGCGUAUACAUCGUGUGACGAGAAGCGUAUUGUCGACAUUGUAGGCAUAACAUGCGACCCACGAGAUAUGUCGUGUAGUUUGUUGACCAAUAGCGAUGGAACCGAAAAUAUUGCUCUUCUUUUCGAUGCGGUUGGAUGAUAGAGACAACGAUAUUUUCGUCUCGGCCGCCAUUCAACUAUAUAUUUUUAUUUUAGACUUAGUCUAAAUAGUAUAUCUUUUUUUUUAACUACCUCAUUGGUCCCGUGGCUAGUUGGUUCAGCUACUGACAAUGAGAAUGAGGUCCAGGGCUCGAAAGCCGGAUCAGGCCAACAAAAAAAAAUACGUUAUUGGAAAUUUUCUCACAAUAAUAACCUCAAUAGUGGCCUGGAGUUGGUAAGUUAGGCAGUCCUGCGCCUGAUCUUUCACCGGUCAUGUCGGUAUUCCUUCAGACUAUGAGAGUGCACCUGUGCUUGCGCACACACUUGUGCUCUAUAUUGUCUCCUGAGUACAUGGUUAAUAUAAAUAUAAUAUAAUAAUAUAAAUAUACUUAAUGAAAUAAUUCUCUUCAAAAAUUUCAUAAUGAGUUUUAAUUUUAAACAGUAUUUUAAUUUACUUAUAAGGACAUAAACUCGAUACUUGGCUUUAUAUACGCAAUGAGAAUGUCAUCUAGUAACUAAUCUUAGUAGACCUGUAUUUUAAUAGUAGAGCAAUAUUAUAUUUUGUUACGAGAGAAGAACAUCGUCGACCAAUAGCGGCAUCCAAAUAUCCCUCUCUUUUAUCACGAUAGAACGAUAAGAAGAAGAUAUAGCGAUAUGUAAGACAAACGUAGGCAAUUAAUAUCCGGCCGCUCAGAGAUUGCGUUAAACAUCAAACGGGUCGUGAUCCUGUACAACUACAAAGACAAACAGUUGGCAUAACCUUGAACGCCAGUUCGAAGUUACAUCGAUCACGACCAAUCAGAAACGCAAUUCCUGAGCGGCCGAAGUUCAGUGGCAUGCAUUCUUUGUCCUACUUGAGUGAAUAUUCGUGGGCAAUCUAGAUACAUAAAAUAUUUAUUAAAAGUUGUAUUUUUACUAACCCACUUGCUUCCAACACACUUCCAUUGGCCUAUUUAACUUUUACUGAUUUUUACCUAUUUUAAUUACAGUUUAAUCCUUACCUACUUUAAAAAAGGAGAUUUUGUUUUGUCUAGGUACAUAUAUAUGUAUUAUUUGCAUAACUUUUACUAAAGCUACCAAUCUACUACCGAUAAUAAUUUAUUUACAAAAUACAUAUAGCAAUGUUCACAUAAAUUAAACUAAAAUAAAUUAAACCUAGAAAAAAAAUCUAUAUUUUAAAUAAAUAAUAAUUAAAAAUUAAUCCAUACUAAUAUUAUAAAAUAUUUGUCCCAUCGCAAAAAAGAGUUAUUGGUCGCUUGGUCUCUUGACACAGAUGAGAUUGCAGUUUGCAGAUUGAGUAAAGAAUCAUGCACCUAGCACAUGAGGUCAUGCGGUUUGCCUUACCCUGAUCAGAACAUGUGUGCACGCCUCUGAUUUGACUACUGAUUUAUUUGUAUAAAAAGUUAUGACUAGUAAAUAUUUAUCUCUAUAAUAUACGGUCUAGUUACGUUUCGUUCGCUGAUUAAAAUAUAUAUAAAAUGAAUUUUUAUAAUUAUAGAUUUUAAAAGUUAGACUAAGAGCCGGUAACCCCAGACCUUCAUCAUUUUAUAAAAGCUAGAGCUAAGUAUAAUUUUUUUAUUUCUUUAUCGGCAUAUUAAGAUAAAUUAUAUCCCCAUUCGCCAGACACUUGGCUUCAUAUUAUACGUAAUUUUCGCUAGAGACCCUUGAAGUUUCAAAUUAAAUAGUGUUUUGAAGAGUUGCCAUGAAACCAAGUGUCUGGCUAAUGGGGAUACCAUUUCUCAUAUCAUGGUGAUAAAAAUAUAAAAAAAACCUUUAUACUUACACGGUUGAGCCCUCAACGGCUCUGGAUCAUCUGGAUCCUUAAAACAUACUACCUCUCGAAGCUACCACUGUCCAAACUACAUGAUUGGCUACCGUACCUACUAAAAGUAAGAUCAUAAGCUAAUAUACUUUCAUAUUUUAUAAAACGAUGAAGGUCCGGAGAUCACCGGCUCUCCGUCUAGGUUGUAUUUUUUGCAUGAGACAUAUAUAUGAUGAAUUUAAAGUUCUGUAAAAUACCUGUUGUGUGAUAUGACAAAGUUGUUAAAUAAAAAUUACUAUCGAUAUUAUUGAAAGAUAGAGAUUGAUGAUGAUGAUGAUGAUGAUGAUGAUGAUGAUUAUUGAAAGCGGAAUAUUCCACUAUACAUUUGUUUUGUUAUAUUUUAAAGGCAGUGUUUUCGAUGAAAACUAACAGGUGACUCGAGUUGAUUCCGACUUUCAACAAUUAUAUUGAUUUAUUUGAUAAUAUUUUGUGACAACUUAGUUUCCUAUAUUAUGUAGGUAUUUUUAUUUAUUAUAGUUUGUUUUGUAGUUAAACAUAGUAUGGUUAGUUAAACAUGAAGUGUUCAAAGCCAUGCCAAGAUUCCCAUUAAAAAAUCUACGUGUUUAAUGUAAGUGCCAGUUCUAUCGUUUUUAUAAUCUCUGGUGAACUAGUUUUUAUGAUCUUGGUUCAUUUUUCAAGGACAAAAGGGAAUUACCAUCCCCGGCCCUGGUAUAUACUAACCAACCAGCAAUUUACUUACAUCUAAAAAAAAUCUUGAUAAUUGUAAUUCAUCUUUAAACUACAAUUUAUUCACAACGGAGACAAGAUAAAGAUAUUUUUUUAAGACUCAAGAUUGGUCUGUUUGUUGGUAAAAGAAAAAAAUAUUUCAGCUUCAAAUGUUUACACCGCUUUGGUACACCGGCGAACAUUUUUCCCUAGAAGAAUGAUAAAAAUAAGAUUUUUUUUUCAAGAAACAUAUUAGGCCAAUUAUUUAACCAGAUUCUUAUUAUAUUGUAUUAUUAUCUCCAUAUACUUUUAUACGGGGAUAUACCGUGCUAUCCCUUUUAUGAAAAGGUCCUUAGUAUUGAAACUCGAAACAGUUUUGAGUUUUUAGCUUAUGAUUGAUGUGUUGAUGAUAUUUUUUCGUAUAAUAGUCAGUUUUACUUUUCGAUAAUGCUACAUUUUUAAAAUUUUCGUUCUAGUGAUCUUUCCUUGAAAUACUAUCUUUAAUACCCAUGAAAAAAACGAUAGAACUGAAUUACAUACACACGUUUCAUGAAUGUAAAGUUAAAGUUAAGAUAGGGACAUGGCUACUAUGUAAGUCUGCGGAACCAUGCGAUUAAUGUUAUAGUUAAAUAUAUGAAGCCCCAAUAAUAAGCAGACGCUUGGUUGAAGCGAGGCAACUAAAACAUGUUUGUUUGUGAUUUUUAAAAAAAGUGUGAAAUAAAAAGAUGUUUAUUAAGUU